CUUCAUACCAACAGUAUGCUACGAUAAUAACACCGCCUAGUCUCUUUGUCAUCUUAGUUGUCUACAAUAAUCUUUUGAGAUUAUAUGAUCCCUGUAUUGCAGUUGUAGCAUUUAUUACAAAUGGGGAAGUAGUUCAUGGGUCUGGUCUUAAAAGUGAUGAUGACGACAAGAGUUGUCUCUUGAAUGUGAUUAUCCAGUCAUUAUGGCAUUUAAGGGGAUUCCGAGAUGAUCUGCUCAAAACAUCGUCACACCAUAAACAUGUUGGAGAUCCUGGUGCUGUUUCUUGUGUUGUAUGUGUGUUAUGUCAUAUUUUUACCGAGUUGAGCAAAGUAUCUAAGGGGGAAGGAGAGGCUGUUGCACCUACUUCUUUGAGGAUGGCUUUGAGCAUCUCAUUCCCCGCUGAGAAGUUAAUUCGGAUGGGACAAAUGAAUGAUGCAUCUGAGGUAUUGGAGGCAAUCUUAAGACGCAUGCAUGAUUCAUUCACAUAUCGUGCUGACUACCUUGCUGAAUCUCACGAGCGCAAUUGUAGUGGCUCAUGGGACUGUGCAAACGAUGAAUGCAUCGCACACGAUAUGUUCGGUGCAGACGUCCAUGAAAGGAUGAUCUGCUACAAUUGCGGGUUGGAGUCUAGACAACAAAAAUAUACAUCAUUUCUCCAUUAUAUCAAUGCUUGUUCACUUAAUUAUGCAAUGAGGAUCUGUCCAGGCAAUUCAUUUGAUGAUAUUUUGAAGGCUGUGAUGAUGGAUGUCCACAGAACUUGUGAUCCUGAUGUGGGUGGCUGUGGAAAAUCAAAUCAUAUGAGCCACACUCUCUCUAGUUCCCCGUAUGUUUUCACAGUUGCUUUGGGAUGGCAGACUGGAAAUGGGAGUGUGAGGGACAUGCUACCUCAUAUUUUGGCUGCCCUUGGGACUGAGAUAGACAUCAGCGUUAUCUACCGCGGUACAAGUCGACCGAGCAAACAUUCCCUGGUGUCAAUGGCUUGCUUCUACGGCCAGCGCUAUAUCUGAGGUUGUUGGUGAUUGGAUUCAAGUGCUCAGUAUGUGCGAGGAAAAGGAAAUGCAACCCCUGCUUCUUUUCUUCGAAGCUGCAAAUUGAUUUACUGUUCUUCUGCCGAAAAGUUUUGGCUUAAGGAAGUAUGUUGAUUUGCCAUGAAGCGUUGGAAUGCUCUUUUUAGUUUUGACAUAUUAGUCUAGUUAAAUUGUUAACUGUGUCUCUUUUAUGGUUUAUGGUUUAUGAUUGGUCCACCGCAUCUCGUCUAAUCGCCUAUAUAGAACUUGGUGCAAAGUGUACAAGAUAUGAAAUAUAAACAAGUUUUGCACUA